AUAUUGGCAUGAAAUAUCAGUAAGCAGGGAACCAGACUACUGUGCUGUAUGAGUGUCAAUAGGAACACCUAGGCCAGUAUUGUAAACAAAGCAACCGAGGAAAGUCAAUGCGUCACAGGCAAGCGCAACCAGUAUCACUCAAAUCGAAUAAUGUUACAGCUCCUUCUAACCAAAUCAGUGAUGGAGAAGGGACUCAAACCAGCAAAAAUGUUGUUGCUCAAGAUGACCAUAAGCAAACUGAACAUGCUGUCAAUUGACAGGGCCCGGUUCUAAAUGUAACACAUCCAGGGGUUUAUAUACUAUAUUGAAUCUACAAAGUAUCAUGUUUUAUUCAUUCCUGAUUAUAUGUACGAAUACACUCUUGUAGUUCAUUGGUUGCGUUUCACCGACAUUAAUGAUUGAACAUCUGACACUUACUGAGCUAUUACUCCGUUAAUGUUAACGAAGUCCAGAACAUCAGGAAUGCCAUCUGUUGACCAGUAUGGCCUUUUCAAAUUGACAUCGCUAUAAGUUUGUCACCCCUAAAUAAAAAUGCAUCCAUCGUUUCCCCAUUCCAGUUUGUUGGUUGAAUUGUAUUGGAUGUUACUAAUGCGCACUAAUUUGCUACACAUUGUCUCCCUCUGCUACAAAACACUUUGCUCCUUGAUGCCUAGUAGCUUUUGCUUGGAACAUGGUGUGAAAUCUAAAAAUUGAUUACAAAAAACUGACAAGAACUGUAUUUUAACUGCAUUUGAAUCAGCAUUAUUUGAUUCCCAACCAUUUUGACUUAGCAACUUCAGGGAGCAAAAAUUCUUAUCCAAAUCACAAUAUUUCAGUGCCUUAAGUCUUGAUUUUUCUACAAAUAUUAGAUAUCCAAUACCACAUUAAAUGCAAGCUAUUUUAACUAGCUAGUAUGGUAUAGAAGUAUUAGUAAGACUCAUUUAUUUAUCAAAAUGUUAUCAUAAAUAUCCUAUAAGUUUGAUAAGUAAGUUAUGGAAAAAAUCAGUUUUAUUAGGAUAAGACUUAAUUCACUUAAGAAGCUACUGCAAUAACUUAUAUCGCCUUAGAAUAUCAAAUAUUAAGGUAAUCAUUUAACUUCUUUAAGCACAAGUUACAAUACAUAACUAGGAUAAGGAAUAUUUCAUAAGUAUUUAAGAAACCGAACAAAUAAAAACACCUAAAAACUGUAUUCUUCAGAUGUGGCGUAAAUAAAUCUUCAAAAUUAUUUGGAUUUCAUAGUUUUUAACAUGUACAUGUAUAAUGCUUACUGUUGUUGUUUUCUUGUUUAAACCAUAUUUGAUUAAUAAACUGCCAUUGUAAGUGAUUUCAUUUCACACUGUAUUAGAUCGAAAUAGUUUAUAUCUUUAUUUGAGUCUCGUCCAUAUACAUACUAAAAGUUACAUGCAGCACAUAAAACAAGUAUAUGGCCUUUCUAUACAGAAUUACAACAAGAGACUAUUUGACAAAUAAACAGAACAUAUGAUUACAAAAUAAAAUACUGUUUUGCUAUUAAAAUAGUUUGUGGUUAGGAUGGGAAUGUGUAAGCUUACGUUGUCAACCGGCAUUAUGCAGGUCCAUGUCAUCCGAGGAUGGGCCAAUGGGAUACCACGGGAUUUUGACACAUCCAGAACACGUCGGGUAAUCAUUGGAGCCAUAACAUUUUGUUAUGUGUUGAAAAUGCUCCAACGCGUCUUCCGUUAUAGUGCCAAUGAGUGGAAUAUGGAUGUAAACAGUGAGUAAGGUUUCUUAAUUUCAUUUUUAGAGGUUUAUACGAGUAAAUUUAAAAAAAAUGGAGAAUGUAGUUCCACAUAGGAAUGGCCAUGAGUUGUUCUAAAUGUAAACGUUCUGAAUAAAAUUUAAUAUCUGAUCGUCUAGAACUUGCAUAACUUGCUAGACGUUAGUGUUGACAACGUAAAAAUCUGGAUUUUCGUAAUAAUUGUUCUCGUACCUUAGGUUUAAGCAUUUUCUUUACAUGUGUGUGGCUUAUUUAUUGACAAAAGGUUGCCGCGUUACAAAUUUUAGAACUUUAUUUGUUAUACUUGCUGCACCAUGCUCGAUUUUCUGAACGUUGUGGUGCCAAUGAAUAGGUUGUGGUGCUCAUGAAUAGUAAUUUAGUAGGAAGCGAAUUGUGAAAAAACUGUAGCAAUUUCAUAACAUGAAAAUUAACAAUUAACUGAAUUAAUAUCAUGAUCGAUCUUUUUAAAGUAUGACCUACUACCACACAGCUUCGCGGACUUUAAGGUUCAUUUGGUGUCUAAUAAAUUAAUUCUUGAUAGCAAAUGGUCGUCGUAAUUCUAAUUCUGUAUUUGCAGGUAUUAUAAGGCAAAACUAAAGAUUGUGUUUACAUAUUUUCAAAUGGGUGUCUUUAAAGGAAAAAGGAGGCGGGGCUAUUCAUGUCGAGGAAAUAAUCACUCAGUAUUUCAAAAUUUGCAAGAAAAAAUAUUUUACAGUCAUCUACCUAAAUAAACAAGCAAUCCCUUGCCAUCUCAGAAAAAAAGAUUCCUUCGUUUGCAUUGGAUGAUUUCACUUUUGUGGCUAGAUAAUUCAGCAUGUAUUACUGGCGGCGAAAGAAACCGUGCUCGUAUUUUUUUUCUAAUGCUGCACGGGAGGAAUCUUUUUUUCAGAUCAGAUAUUAAAUUUUAUUCAGAACGUUUACAUGUAGAACAACUCAUGCCAUUCCUGUGUGGAACUAGAUUCUCCAUUUUUUAAAUGUACUCGUAUAAACCUCUAAAAAUGAAAAAUAAGAAACCAUACUCACUGUUUACAUCCAUAUUCCACUCAUUGGCACCAUAACGGAAGACGCAUUGGAGCAUUUUCAACACAUAACAAAAUGUUAUGGCUCCAAUGAUUACCCGUCGUAAAGAAGGAUUGGUUCUUUACGUUUAUAUAGCAGUUAUAUAACUUGAUAUAAACUUCUUUCAGUCGUUGGUGUCUGUAUGCACCUGUCGCUCUUUAGCUUUAAAAAUUAAAAAAGAAAAAAUGAAAGGCAUACAGUUUCAUUAAUCAUUGGUACUGAAUGAUUACUUUAGAGAAAUUAUUAAAUUAAUUAUUUAAAGAAAAACUCAAAUGGAUAAUUCAAUAUGUGAUGGCGUCGUGGGAAGGGAUUUUUAUGUAAACCCAAGCACUGGACAGAAAAAGUGUUGUCAACCCUUAUGUGACAGAAAUGAGAAAGCUUGUGUAAAUCGGUGUCCAUCGUUCAUCCACAGUACGACAGAAGUGUUAACAACGCUGUCUCCCGCUGCGUUCGUAGAAAAUGAAGGCAUCUCCACUGAACUCGUUAUUAUACUCAUCGUGUCAUUAAGUGUUCUAAUUAUUGCAUUAAGUUUAUGUGUGGCUUGGAAGCACAAAGAAAUCUACAAAUUCAUCACAAAUUUAUGGGGGGAAAUCAGAACAACGACACCAGGCGUUCCUCCUUCUGAUUCCAACCAAGAGGAAAUAUGUCUGAUUAACAUUGAUCCUUUGCCGUUGAAUCCCGGCGCUCCAGGCUUCGAUCCAUCUGUCUCUGUCGCUGGACCCUUAACCCCGGAAAAUGACCCAGGGACUGAGGACAGUCACGACACCGACAUUACAGACACGGCAUCUGUCAACAACGAUCAUGCUUCAACGAAUUUGGGACGACCAGGUGUGACAAAAGAUGUGGAUUCGCUGCAAAAUGAUGAAGCCGUGGCAAGGGAGUAUCAAUCUGAAGAAGACGGUAUAUCUGCUAAUGCGAAACGCAAUAAAGACAAUGAACAGACCAGGGUGAAAAAGCAAGUCGGAAUGCAACUUGGGGGAACAAAGCCUUUGGAUGGUGAAGACGAGGUCACCUACACCGACACUGAUCAACCAGGACGGAGCUCCACCACACUUGGGAGCAGCAGCGAAAAAACAUUGCAAACCAAUCAAAGCACAAAUCAAUUCCCAGAAUACUCUUGCCCAUUAUCAAACAAAAACAAUCCUGUGUCAACUCAUUCUAACGAGACCGGGCUAGCUCAUUCCACGAUGACCGAAGAACAGAGGAGAAGAGACACCAACCCUCCUUCAGACACCAGCACUGUUGCUCAAGAUACUGAAGACGGGUUUAAACAAACUGAAAAUGUGCUCAAUGGACAAACCCCGUUUUCAAAUGUUAUUUCUUAAGUGGUUGUGAUAAUAAUGUUGUGUCAUCCCAUGUGAUCUGUUUGAUUUAUAUUUGUAAAUGAUCUGUUAUAAUGUGUCUCUGUUUUUGUACAUAUGUCGCUAUUUCAGCAUGCUUAGCAUUAUAUUUGUGUGAUUGAUUUUAAAACAGUAAAAGUUUAGAUUCAUUUUAUAUAAGUCAAUAUUCAUUAUAGUUCAUUAUUUUGCAAAUAUAGUACAUCGUAUGUAUUCAUAAAUCUUCCACAUGCGACUCAUAACGAAAAGGUAUGUUUUGUUACCUUUGAAUAUUGCUCACCUAAUUGGUUCUGUGGUUCCAAGUAUUUUUUACAUAUUUCUUUGGUUGUGUAUAAAAUGCUCAGUAGUUAAGGAAUUGUGUUGCUAUUCUGCUAUUAUUGCCUGAUAUACUGUUAUAAAUAUGCUAUUAUUCUGCUAUUUCUGCCCCAUAUACCAUUAUGCAUGGGAAUUGCAUUUUAAAAUAACGAUUGCAUAUGUUCAUAUUCCCAUGACCGUUGGUCUUUCAUUUAAACAUUGUUACAUUGCAUUGUUUAUAAAAAUAAAUAAUAUUUAUUUCUU